UAGCCGAGGCGAAGGGGAUCAGCUAGCGUCGAUGUCGGCCGCGGCGGGGAGCGGCGGCGGCGGCGGCGAGGAGGGCAGGGCGGAGUGCUUCAAGAAGACGCCAUGGACGCAGGAGGAGGACGAGGCUCUGCGUCGCGGGGUGCGCGAGCACGGGGCCAAGAACUGGGACGCCAUCGCGCGCGCGCUGCCAGGGCGCGCCUCCAAGUCGUGCCGGCUGCGGUGGUGCCAGCACCUGGCGCCGGAGCUGGACAGCCGCCCUUUCACGGCCGAGGAGGACGCGGAGAUCAUCCAGAAGCAGCUCGAGUUCGGGAACAAGUGGGCCACCAUUGCCCGCCACCUCAGGGGACGCUCCGACAACGCCGUCAAGAAUCGCUGGAACUCAACCCUGCGCAAGCAGCAGCCGGGCCUUGGCGCACACGACCAGGAGGACGUCGCCGCCGCCGAUGGCCAUGGCCAGGCCGCGCCGGACCUCCCGGCGUGCCUCGAGCUGUUCCCUUUGAAGGCCGGGGUCAUGGAGGAGGAGGCUGCGGCGGCGGAAGAUGACGUGGCCACUGGCCUGACGCUGGGAUUGCCGGGGCUGCGCGAGGCGGAUGCCGUGGCCGUCGACUUGACUCUGAGCCUUUGA